AUGAACGCAGGUCUGUCAAAAGAUUCUUCAGCGCUCAAUUGCAAGGAUCUCAAAACAAAGGUGCCUUCUGCCACGUCAGGAGUCUACUGGAUUGAUCCGGAUGCUGGUUCCCAUAGCAACGCUUUCCAAGCCUAUUGCGAACAACAGACGGACGGAGGAGGUUGGACUUUGGUCUGGAGUUAUACCUUCACAGCUUAUUCAAGCUUCACGUCUGGCGCAAACGCUGUCACUCCACGGCCUGCAUGGACAGCCAGCGGCGCUAACACACGAGUGUCCACCACAGUUCCACUGAGCGAGACGCAUUAUGAAGCCAUGAACUUUGCUUUGUGGCGCACCAUUGGAAAAGAAUUCCUUAUCAAGAGUAACAUCGACAACUGGAUCGCUUGCAAGGAAGGUUCUGGAAGCCUCGUGAUGCAAAAAGCGGGGUCCCUCAGCUGUAAACUGGUCAAACAAGUUUCAAAGCAGUGUGCCGGUGUAGUGCCAAAGACCAUCUCCAUGUACAGUCCUGGUCCUUCUCUCAACACUGGAAGCCACAACUAUUACUUCGACGGUAGUACGAGUGGUAGUUGGCCCACACAUGAUCCAUGUGGCAGAAAUCAAGCGAAUCAAGUAAAAGGCGUGGUUAAUCCACAUGGCAAUAUUUUUGUAAGGUGAAAAAUUUCUCAAGCGCAUGCUGAAUAUUGGGGAGGAACCAAAGAUAAAAUCGUUAAAUGCUAAUAAGCUCUCUAAGGGACUGUAAGCAAAACUAGUAGCAAAAAGUUAAACUUAACAUACAAUUGAAAACUAUACUACUGUUGUGUGGCAACAGAAGGCAGCGGAACAUUGUAAAUGAAUAGCCAAUAAAUAUGGGUUCCUUAUAUUGCAAAUGUUUCAUUUAUUGUUCAGCAUUAAAUAAGGUUUAGUUAAGUAUCGUCACCCAGUUUAAUCACCUACUAUUCCCACCGUCAAAGAGUAAAACAAAGUUAAAUUAUUUCCCUUGACCGAUUUUUUCUCGUUUUACGUUUUUCGCGUUACCUUCUGAAAGCGACCACACAAAAACGCUGAACUGCACUCAACUCUCUCAUAAGGGACACCUAUUUAUAAAAGAAGGACACCUGGUGUUGGCCCCUGCCGUUUUCAAGUCAUUUUACUUACCAAUACUCUCGAAAACAAGAGGAACACACUUCACUUCUGUAACCGCCAAAGGACAUUUGAGAGGUAGUUUAUGCCGUGAAAAAUAAGUCUAAGGGACUGUGCAAUAAUUACCCGGACGUGGGCUGGGAAAUGGGUGAAAUAUGCCCCAAAACUAAGUCAUACCCCCUCCCCCCUUCUCAUUAAGCAAAAAUUAAUUUCACCCCCCCCCCCUCACAUAAUGAUAAUAUUAAGGCUACCCCCUCUUUUUUUCAAGCUCACUUUAAUCAUACUGUGUUUUAUUUACCAUACUUUAAAUUUUUAUUGCUAUCAAAAUUUCAACAGUUGGGUUUUUCAUUCUGCUUAAUUAUGAUGCCUUGAGUGCUAACAUUGGCAUCUUUCUUUUUCAUUGAAUAAUUUUAUAGUGCUACUUUUGCAACUUUUAAUUUAAGUUUCCUGUUUUAUUAAAUCCUAGUGCAAAUAAAGUAGUACUAUUGUAACAUAUAUAACAGAGGAACAGGAGGGUAAGCCUUCAUGCAAAUCGCUUGUUUAGCGGUCGCGCAUGCUCAUGCAAGAAAGACCCCUGUUCUCGUGUCGCCCACCAGGCGUGAAGAAAGGCUUCAUUAAGGGAGAAGCGCUCAGUUGGGAGAAAAAUAUCAGAAAUUUUCAAAAUCGCCUGAUAGAAAGAGGCUACCCUGCAGUUAUUGUGAGAAAGUACCUCUCUGAGGAAAAACUGGCCGACAGCAAAACUGCCCCUUAACAGAGAAACAAAUCCGCACGUAAAAAACUACUACCUUUUGUUACACAACACAACCCCGUUUUACCUAGCCUGAAGAAAAUACUGAUGGAGAAAUGGCACCUUAUACAAAACCAAGAACGGUUAUAUAAGAGAAAUCUUUAAGGAGACUCCACUCAUAUCAUGUCGCGAGGGAAAAUUCCUUAAGGAGCUGUUAGUUAGAGCGAAGCUCUGAAGGUCAGAUAACUUUUGAAACAAUAUUUAAGGGGUGGCGAAUGGUACCUCGAAAAACGUGGGUCUCGAAAAAUUUUGGCAGGAUCUCGAAAUCUCGGAAGCGUUUUUGAUAAGUCUCGAAGUCUCGUUUUUGUAUGGUUUAAUAUUUCUGCUUAUUAUUGAUACCUAUUUUUAUGAGAAUAAAUAGGACCUCGUGUUUCUUUGUUUGCUUCCUUUCUAGAAUAUAUUUAGUAACAACGUGGGUAACCACACUUAAGGUACCAGAAUUUUAAACAGCAAUGCAAUGUGACAAACAAAAAUCGUACAUUUUAGUAAAAUUGCAUUUUAAAAAGGACACAACAGGUUUGUCAUGAGAGUAUUGUUAGCAAUAAUUUCAGCUGACUGUGUUUUAUAUAACAAGUGUAGGGAACUGUCCUAUUAGUAUAUAGACGUAAAUGUGUACCUAUCUAUGUUAUAAAAUAGGAUGACCCACCCCCUAAGGGUAGCUGAAAAUUGCACGACCUACCCCUUACGCAAGGCUCAAAACCUCAUGACCCACCCCCCUUCUGCUCCGACGCACCUCAUCCCCACCUCCCCCCCCUCCCUAUACUUUUUGACCAGUCCCUGAAGUGAACGUCUGCUAUCUUUACCAAGUCGGUGAGCGGAGCUUGAGGGCGGUCGCAGACGAGCCGCUGACUCUGUUUGGUCUUUGAUAGUCUUCAACAUUAGAAGUACUAUGACUAAACCCAAGGUAUCUAUUACCUUGGCCACGGUCCCUAGCAAAGCUUUGUCCAUCAGAAGCUGCAGGUUUUGCAACUACCUUUAACUACAACUGUUGCUUGAUAUCCUUGAUCCCGUAGGCCAGAGUGUUGAUUUUGUCAAGUAGGAGGUAGCGCUUUGAACCAAGGCUUUGAAUCAAGGCUUUGAAUCAAGGCGUGUGAUUCAACUCUUGGCAUGGCCGAAUUUGUCUUAGAUUAUGUUAUUAUAUCGUUUUGCAAAUUGCCCCUUAAAUGUAAGAUGAGAUGAGAUUAAGGUGGCCCUCCUCAUAAAAAAGUUUUUUUCUCAUUUUAUGAAGUGCGGAAUAAGCGAACUACGCAGUGCGCUCCAUGAUUUUCGCACGGGCUGUACCACGAGUUUCUUUGCGAGGUUAACCGUUGAAAAGCCAAAAAUUUUAGUCGUUAAGUUAAAAAAAACAAAACUUUUAACCGUCACUCGUAAAAACAGGGAGCGCUAAAAAUUUCUUGUAGCCACAAUUUGUCAUUUUUUAAGAGAGGGUCAAUAUUGCUUGUUGUGACUUUACUAGGCUUGUCUGAUCUCCGCCCAGGCAACUGGACGCUAUUUCAACCUUUUCUUAAUUUUUUUUUUUUCUAUCCCGAAGUGGUCCUUAGAGGCUUACGCCGAUGAAAAAUUGUGAAAUUCUUUAGAAAAAUUGAUUUUUCCUGUUCAAAUGCCUAUUGACGGUAACGGAGAUAAAGGAGCAAUUAGCUGUGUAAAACCCACAAUAAUAACAGUUUACCGUAAAUACCUCCACUCAACUCAGAGAAACUCUAAGCAUCCCUGAGAACAAUAAUGGGCUUCUCGUACUCUCAUGUAGAGAUUUGAUUCAAUGAAUGUAACUACGUACGUUAUAGGAUUUAUCAGUAUGUCUUUCUUUUAACAACUGGACAAAAAAUCGGUAUGUACUUAGUGGUCUAACAUAAAUUGACUGAGACAUCAUUUCCGGAAAGCCACCGAGGCAAAUUAAUUAAGUGUAAACAGAUUUUUUAAACUUAUUAUUUGCAAAACAUACUUUUGCUAUGUAUGGUUUAUAUACAGCAAUGAAAAGGAUGAUUUACAGGAAGAAAAUACAGACGAUGAAGCAACUGCUGCUAACAGCAACAAGAGAACAGCAUCGGAGGUUUGUUUGUCGUUCUACUUCAGUGAGAAGGCGUACUCUUAUCCCAAGAUAACUUGAGACUCGUAUAUAGAGUGUUGCUCUUCAAUUACCUUCCAUAAUCGCCCCCUAAUCACAUAGGAGAACAUCAUAUACAGUUAAACCCCGUCAAUGCGGACACAGAGGGGGCCAUAAAAAGUGUCCGUAUUAACGGGGUGACGUAUUAAGCGGGUUGAACGUAGGGAAAAUGUGAGGUCUUGCUGUCCACAGGGAUAAGGAAAACUGUUCGUAAUAACGAGGUGUCCAUAUUUUAAUCCCGUGUCCGUAAAGUCGUAUGCGCCGAUAUGAAAACAUGGUUUUAUGUCUGGAUCAACGAAGUUGAAGAGGUAUAGUCCCUCACGCUGGCAAACAGGACAGUUUCGAAUUUAUAAAAUUUAUACUUGGUUCCGAUGCUUGCGUUGAUAGAACAAAAGAAAUCUUAUGGAGUUUUAAGGAUAAAUAAUUCAAUUCUUUUAUUUUAUUACCCUCAGCCUCGGAGCCAAGUAUGAAUUAUGAUGAUUCGAAACUGGUCUCCAUGAUAUCUUAAACUUUACUCCUCCACUGACACUGGGUCACUUUCCUAAGAUCCUAUACCCGUUUACUAUGAUUCGAAACUGGUCUCUAUGAUAUCUUAAACUUUACUCCUCCACUGACACUGGGUCACUUUCCUAAGAUCCUAAACCCGUUUACUAAAGCAAGGCACUUUCCCCUACUCUCAAAUGAUUUCAAGACUCAGUUACUGAAACGGGUACUUCUAACUCUCAAGCGUCUGUUGUCGUUUAAUUUGGUUUUUAAAAACAUUUCUUCAAUAUAUCCCAAGGAACAGGACUAGGUUUAGUAAAAUUUUGGUUUUAAGGGGUAAUUCUUUAUUGUUAUUUUACUACACAGAGUUUCUGGUGGUUAGAAGAUGAUCAACCUGUUUGUAAAAAGACCAAGCUGGAAGAGAGUAAAUCACAGGUGAAAGAGAAUAACUGGGUACGAUUUUAACGUUAGUUGGGCAUGUUUGGUUUUAAGGCAUGCCCACACCCAUACCCUUAUUUAAAAACUCAGGUUGGUCAAAUAUUUAUCUUUCAACAAUCAAGGCACAAAGCCAGUUUGAGAGUAAGCGCCAGUGCGAACUUCAAAAGCCUAUGUGUAACUCGAUUCGACUUAAAGACGGAUGGUUUAAGACCUUAUUACGCAAGUUUUGUCUUUGGGGGUAAUUAUUGUCCAAGUUGUUGUUGGUGGUCUCUCUCCUCCGCAGAGGUUCCUGCCGGGUAUCCCUAUAAAGAUAGCAAUAAUCGGGGAAAAAAAAGCGCGCUGGGGACGAUGAGAAGAGGUUAAAUCUUUUGUUACUUUCUCCACCACCACUGAAACGAUCUCGAGCGAGUUGUCGCUCAUUUGUUCAUGGACCUUUGACUUCAAUUCAAGCUACCGCGGACAGAUUCCAGUUAAAGAAAUGGGGCUAAAAUAUUACCUAGUAUGCUACUCGCCCAAUGUUGGGUUUGACAGACUACUCGCCUUAUGGCCCUGUCAAUUAAUGAAUUCAACGAAAAAAAAAUACAUUUUAAUUUAAGGAAAUAUUAAAAGCAGUUCGAAAACUUUGACGAGCCUUUGGUAUUGGUUGAAAAUAAAGCUUCGUUUCCAUUUUAAAUGUUAUCCUUUUAAUGUUACAUAAAUAGGGAUUUUGGUGGCUUGAGGAGGAUUCCUCUGAUAGCAAGAUGUCAAAAUCAAAAAGCAACAAGAACUUAAAUCCUGGUAAACACAGUAAAAGCGUCGGUACCAUGACAGAAACAAAGAGUGCAGAUGUUGGUUUCUUUGCCAAGGCGUCAGAAUUGAAGCCAUUAAAACCCAUUAGAGAUACCUCAAGUGAAUCGCGCAGGCAUAAAGACAAUUUACUUGCUGGUCAUAAAAGUGGCAGUAGUAGACAGAAAAUAGAUCAGUGGUUAAAUAAGAGCUUCACAUCACAACCACUUGAACAUAAAGACAUUUGUGAGAAGAAGGGGCCUGGCGAAGGCUCGUCAGGUGGUAACCUUGGUAACAUAUCUCCUGGGGAUUCUGCUGGUGUUAAGGACGUAGCUAAUGUAGUUGUUAAGUACCUGUCUUCGUAUCUAAAGCAGGGCUCUAUUGUCUCUAAGGUAAGAACUACGUAUUAA